AUGGAGACGUCACCAAUGCCGGUGAAUGACAGCAAAUAUUCCGAUUUGUAUUGUAUUCUAUCAGAGUGUCCUGCAGAAUCAUACGGCCCUGAUUGUGUGUAUAACUGUAGUGGACAGUGUCUGAGUUACCUCCCCUGUAACAGAACAACAGGAAAAUGUGACGAAGGCUCAUGUGACAACGGAACAUAUGGAAUAAACUGCUCCCAGAAUUGUACUCAGAACUGCCUCGGCGAAUGUGAUAAUGUUGGCGGAUCCUGCACAUUUUCCUCUGGGUGGACAAUGUCCCCUGGCUGUAGUGAAAGGGUACCUAUUGUUAGUAAUGACGAGUAUAUUACCCCGGAUACAUACAUCGUAGCCUUAUCUAUCUUACUGAUUAUCAACUUUAGCCUGGUCGUUGUCAUUGUUAUAUUAUUGAGGCUACUCUAUAACAGAAAACAAGAGAAGCGUUCAUCUGAACAUAUCACUAGUGCCGAAAUAUCACCGCCAUCAGAAAUCAGCGAUAACGAUGUACACCAGUAUCACGAACUCAACAUGCGCAAUGAUAUUUCAUAUCAGAAUCUGUCAUUAAGAGAUCAUUCAUAAAAUGUAUUUUGAAUUAAACUGAU